AUCACCGAGCCGCCAGUAACGUCGGGACAUACGAGCAUACAGCACGCACAAACAUGCCUUGCUUAAGGAUCUUAACUAACAUUCCUAUCAGCCAAGUUCCGAAGGAUUUCGUCAACAAGAUCCUGCCCUUGCUAUCUAAAGUUGUCAGGAAACCAGAGGAUAAAUUCCUAUGCGUGGUGUCAGGUGACUGCCACAUCUCCUUCGCCGGGCAGGCGUCGACUCCUAGCGCCGUGGCCACCCUCGAGUCUAUCGGCCAUCUAGGACUGGAGGAGAACAAAGUUAUCACCAGAGAAGUCACUGCUUUCAUCGAGAAAGAACUCGGAAUACCACCAAAUCACUUCUUCUUGUCGUUCUACGAUCUCAAGGGACAGGAUAUUGGCAAAGGAGGAGUGACAUUGGCUUAGUUGAUGCUUGUUGGCUCUGUCUCCAAAGAUCGAAAUGCAUUUAUUCAUAUUGUGAUAAACGUUGACUAGAUGAACCUAAAUGAACUGGUUGUGAUUAUGAAAAAAUGGGCAAAUGUUGGAGUAAUUUUAUUUGUUAAAUUGUUGCUGUAAUUUAUUUUAAUCCACAUAAUAUAACAUAUGAAGUUUUAA